AUAUAGACCAUCACAAACUCAUUUCCCUGUUUGGUUUCAUUGACACAUUUUGUUCAACACCUUGUAAGCAAUAAAAAUUGACACCAAACUGAUCAAAUUUCAUCGGAUUUAGUAUAACAGCUAUGGCUACUUGCGGAAUUGACUGGAAAUCUGUUCUGCCAAACUGUUUUAAGGGCAAUAAUGUUCGUUCGGAGGCGAAGGUGAUGGAGAACAGUAAACAGAUGAAUUCUGAUCAUCAUAGAUUAGCUUUUUCUGAUAUAAGUACUGAUUCUAGAUCAGUACUUAUAUCAUUGGAUGACCUUUCAUCGAACGCUGUCAUUGGUUCAAAUCUUCAUGUAUUCACAUAUGAGGAACUUAAACUCAUCACUAGUGAUUUCUCCUCAGCUAAUUUUCUCGGUAAAGGUGGAUUUGGACCCGUUCACAAGGGGUUUAUUGAUGACAAGAUUAAGCCUGGUUUGGAUGCUCAACCUGUUGCUGUUAAAUUGCUUGAUUUGGAUGGAAAUCAGGGCCAUCAAGAAUGGCUGACUGAAGUGGUUUUUUUGGGGCAAUUGAGGCAUCAUCAUCUAGUGAAGUUGAUUGGAUAUUGUUGGGAGGAGGAGCAGAGACUUCUCGUUUACGAGUAUAUGGCAAGGGGAAACCUCGAGGAUCAACUAUUUUCGAGAUAUUCGAGUUGUUUGCCAUGGUUGACCAGAAUAAAAAUUAUGGUUGGUGCUGCAAAGGGACUGGCUUUCCUUCACGGAGAAGAAAAACCAGUAAUCUACCGCGAUUUUAAGGCUUCUAACAUCCUCUUAGACUCGGAUUACAGAGCCAAACUAUCUGAUUUUGGGCUAGCAAAGGAUGGACCGGAAGGCGAUGACACACAUGUCUCAACUCGUGUGAUGGGCACUCAUGGUUAUGCUGCUCCGGAGUACAUCAUGACUGGUCAUUUGACAAGCAAGAGCGAUGUGUACAGCUUCGGAGUAGUUUUGUUAGAACUUAUAACAGGACGACGAGCCAUGGACAAGAAACGCCCCCUCAAAGAGCGAAUCUUGGUGGAUUGGGCAAGACCAAUGCUAAGGGAUCCACACAAGCUUGACAGAAUAAUGGACCCACGGCUUGAAGGUCAGUACUCGACACAAGGAGCCAAGAAGGUAGCUGCAUUGGCUUAUCAAUGCUUAAGCCACCACCCCAGGUCUAGGCCUACUAUGAGCAACAUAGUGAAGAUCUUGGAACCAGUCUUGGACAUGAAGGAUAUACCAAUGGGCCCAUUUGUUUACGUCGUUCCCUCCUCAAAACCUGACAAGGGAACAGAAAUUGGUGAAUUGAAGACUAAAGUGAACGAUGAAAACAAGGCGGGUGUAAGGGAAAACGAAGUAGAUAAUGCAGGGGAAAACAGAGAGGAUGGUAAUGCUAAGCAACGGAGAGUCGGACACAGGUAUAAACACAGGCUAAAGACUGAUGCUUCUGUUUACUCAGAUACUCAUUUGUAUCACAAAACUGUAAAGCAUGAAAGAACAAACAAACUAAAUUCUUAUUGAUCAAUCGCAACGAAUAGAAGAAAGGGAAAAGAGAUUUAAAAUGUAAAACAUAUGUGAAUUAGAUAGUAUAAUUAAGUACUCCAAUUGUAUUUUUUUUUUUUUGUUAAAUCAGUUUACAUUUUAGUCUCAGUUUUGGGAGAAAAAAAAAUCCUUUUAGUGUUUUCGUUUUUGUUGUUGAAAGCAAUGUACAUAGAAGAUUCUUAUGACUUUUAUCAGUUGUAAAAAGUUGUUUGAACAAGAAAAAGUUAUAUAUGAAAACGAAAAAGAA